CGUUUAGCUUGUCAAGUGACGGUCUUGCCGGAGUUAUUAUGUUUUCCUGUGUGUUAUAUCGGGGUAAUUACUUUUAAACGAGCAGUGAUGAAAAACGAUGAAGAAGGAAAGCAUCAGUUUUACAUCUGUAACUGUUUCACGACUGAUAAUAUUUUCCUGGAGGACUACAAACUCCAUGUUCGCUUUGUAUCGGAGCAGCAGUUCAGACUGGACUAUGAGGCACUGCUGAGGACGCUUGGUUGCGUUACGGACCAGCAGUUUGAGGAUGUGCUCAACAAGAUUUCACAGGAAGUGGACAGGCGAAGGCGUCUCAGUGUGACGUCUGCCGAGAGAGCUGCUGUUAUCAAAGACAUGUACCAGCCGCUCCAUCCUCACGUCUACCAUCUGCAGGAGUCUUACCUCACUCCAAAGUUCAAGCAGAUCGUCGAGUACUGUCGAAGCAGCGAUGCCAGUGAACGAGGUGUCUUAGACUUGUUGGAGGAAGAGGCAGCUCCAAGGGUUUAUCGCCUGCCUGUGUUUAAGAAAAGCUUCUGUGAGGAUCUGCUGGAGGAGCUGGAGCACUUUGAGCAGUCUUCAGCCCCUAAAGGAAGACCCAACACCAUGAACCAUUAUGGGAUCCUCCUGAAUGAACUGGGCUUUGACGAGAGUUUCUUCACACCUCUCUGUGAGCAGUACCUACAUCCGCUCUCCUCCCUGCUGUACCCAGACUGUGGAGGUCACUGUCUGGACAGCUACAAGGCCUUCGUGGUCAAAUAUGACAUGAAUGAAGACCUGGACCUGAGCUACCACUACGACAACGCAGAGGUCACCCUCAAUGUUUCCCUGGGCAAGGACUUCACUGAUGGAAACCUUUAUUUUGGUGAUAUGAGACAGGUUCCUAUAAGUGAGACCGAGUGUUCAGAGGUUGAGCACAGGGUGACCGAGGGCCUCCUCCACCGGGGCCAACACAUGCACGGGGCCCUGCCCAUCUCCUCCGGUCAGCGCUGGAACCUCAUCAUUUGGAUGAGAGCUUCGCAGGAACGCAACAAACUGUGCCCCAUGUGCAACAGGAAGCCGACACUGGUGGAAGGAGAGGGCUUCGCUGACGGGUUCACCAAACACUCUGAUGCCCCGCUGAACGUUUCCUGUGUGCUGACGUAAUGUAUACGUCUGCUGUCGGCCUUUUAUUAAAAACGCUGUGAGUAGGAUUUGAAAUUUUUGGCUUUGGCGUCCCCCAGGUGGUGGUUUCAGAGAUUACAGUGAGGCAGACAGCAGUGUGUGCUGCUACCUCCCACACACGCGGUCGGAAAAAUCAUUUUGGUUCAUCUGUCCGUUGAUACAGUUGAAUAGAUAGAUAUAGAUAUAGAUGUAGAGGUGAUUGUAAUCCAAAUUGGAAUGAUUAAUAUUUAUUGUUUGAACUGUUAGGAAAUCAUGAUGGUACUAUAAUUCUGGGCCUCAGACAUUCAGUUUAGUGUCCUAUUUUGUGUUGUGUAUAUUAAUGAGUUUAUUGUCUCAGAUAAUAGUCCAAUAAUAACAAAAAACAUACUGGUCAAGCCACUGUAUUUAUGUACAAUAUUACUGUAUUUUGUGCCAAAGAUUAUUUAUAGAGAAUGUGUAUUUUAAAAUUAGGACUUUAGUGAUCUUAUGUUUUCCUUCCUAGUACUGAAAGUCAGGGGUCUGAUUCUGCUCUCUUUUCCCAGAUCUAAAAUCAGUAAACUGCUUUUUGUAAAACUGAUCCUUUUUGUAUGAGGUAACAAGAGGUCAGCGUUGCAGUGGCACUCAGUUCUGAUGAAUGUAGCUGGAAUACGUGACCGGUUUUCAGCUUUGCAAAUUUUGAUUUAUGAGAAAGGAAAUUUACUCAACACAUUUGUUGGACCUCAGAGAUACACACAGUGUGUUUUGGCGGAAAAUAAACAUAACGUUUGUAAGAAAACUGAUGUCAAGUGAUGUCACUUGAGACAAUGUUGGCUGAGGCUGAAGACUACAAGUCUGAAAAUGAAGAAAAUCUGAGGGUGUGAAGUUAGAAAGAAGUGAAGUUACUAGACCUCUGUAUCCUGAUCCUCAUCUCAGACUGAGGCUGACGGCCCGAGGCUAAACACUGCUACUAACAAAACAGACCCAGUUCUGUGACAGACCGGUUGGUGGUCGAGUUGCCUUGUGGGUAAUGUAGGUGCAAGUUUUUGACAAGAAGAAUGUAUGAAAUAAAAAAGAUGAUAUU